AUGGACGCCAACUGGCGGCCCACCCAAGGGUCGGACCCCGCCGCGGCGGCCGCCGGCGUUGACCCGAACGCCCUGCCCGCCGCCGGAGGUGAUUGGCGCGCCCAGCUCCAGCCCGAGGCGCGCAGCAGGAUCGUCAAUAAGAUAAUGGAAACUCUCAAGAAGCAUCUGCCAGUAUCUGUGCCAGAGGGACUGAACGAACUUCAAAAAAUCGCUGUGCGAUUCGAAGAGAAGAUCUAUACUGCAGCAACCAAUCAGUCUGAUUAUUUGCGGAAGAUUUCUCUGAAAAUGCUCUCUAUGGAGACGAAGACACAACAGGCUCCUGGAAAUGUUCAAGUGAUACCAAAUCAAAACAACUCUGCUCAUGGACUCCCACCACAAGGCAGCAAUCAAGCACAAACAUCAGUAAUUCCCUUGAUGUCUCAGCAACAGGCCCGGCAGCCAAAUAGCUCUACAUCUGUACAAGCUUCUUCCCUCGCUAAUAUCGGACAGAACUUGCCAGGUGUCAACCAAACAUCAACGAUGCAGAACGCGUCUGUCAUGCCACAGAACACAAUGAAUAAUGGCUUGGUGCAAGGUACUUCACAAGAUAUUUAUGCUGCACAAAGGCAAAUGGCAGGAAGGCAGCAACAGCAACAAUCACAACAAUUAAUUUAUCAUCAGCAGCAAAUGCUUAUGAAGCAGAAAUUGCAGCAGAAUUCACUUAUGCAACCGCAUAUUCAGCAGCAGCAGUCUUUGUUGCAGCCAACACAGACGCAAUCUUCACAGCAAUCCAUGAUGCAAAUGUCAUCUGGCCUUCACCCUGGGCAGUCUACCGUUCCACAGACGCAGCCAAUGGCCAUGCAGUCAGCUACUCAGAGUGGUAUUCAACAGAAUCAAUUGAAUUCCGUACAACAAUCUGUGCAAUCAUUGCUCCAGCAACCUCAGCAAUCUGUUGGGAGGCAGCAGCAACAAGCACAGCCCUCCAUGCAUCAACAACCUUCUUUGCAGAGUCCGCAGCCCAAUAUUCCUUUACAACAGCAGCAUCAACAGUUGAUGGGACAGCAACCAAAUGCACAACAAAAUCAGCUAAUUGGACAACAGAAUGGUGCUAUGGAGAUGCAGCAGCAACAGAGGCUACCAGUUCAGUCAAAUAAUCUCUUGAAUGUGCAGCAAACACAGCAGAUGUUGAACCAGACGUCUACGCCUUUGCAUCAGCCGCAACAAUUGGGCUCUCAGUCAAACAUGUCGAGUCUACAGCAGCAGCAACAAAAUCAACAGCCGCAGCAGCUUCUUGGGACUGUACCUAAUGUUUCAAACAUGCAGCGGAUGCAUAUGCUCCAAACAAAAGUUCAGCAACCACAGCAACAACAGCAUGCUCAGCAGCCACCAAUGGGUUUGAUGCAACCUCAGUCUCAACACAACCAACUUCAACAAUCGCAACAGCAUCUUAUGUCGCAGUUCCAGUCUCAGCCUAACCAACUACAACAGCAAUUAGGGAUGCAGCAAUCCUCCAUGCAGCAAAGACUUCAAACUUCAGGAGGCAUGCUCUUGCAACAAAAUAACAUGGAUCAGCAAAAACAAUUUAUUCAGGCACAUAGGGGCCUUCAAGAAGUUUCCUCUAGUACAUCUGCGGACUCUACUGCUCAAACAGGCCAUGCAGGUGCAGGUGAUUGGCAAGAGGAGAUAUAUCAAAUGAUUAAGAGCUUGAAGGACCAAUACUUUGCAGAACUCAGUGAAUUGUUCAAUAAGAUAUCUGUGAAGCUACAGCAUGUUGACAGCAUUAUACCACCUCAAAAGCCAUCUGAGCAGUAUGAUAGAAUGAAGAGCUUUAAAAUAAUGUUGGAACGUAUAUUACAAAUGCUGCAAAUUAGCAAGAGUACCAUCCAACCUGCUAUGAGGGACAAAGUUCCUCAAUACGAGAAACAGAUUAUCAGUAUCUUGAAUUCACAAAGAAGGAAGCCAGUACAGCCACAAAUACAGCAACACUUCCAGCCACCUGCAGGACAAGCUCCUAAUUCUAGCAUUUCACAGCAGCAACAGCCUUCCCAAACUUUGCAGCAGCAUGAUAGUCAUACUAAUCCUCAAGCAAGUUUGUCAAGCAUGAGCACUGGGUUACAGUCCUCUAGUGCAGCUGGUAUCCAGCAUGUACCUGCGCCUCCAACAAAGAACUUCAGUGCCCCCACACAGCAAAAUGGUGCAAACAUACAGCAUCAGGCUGACUCUAAUUUGGAGACUGCUCAAGGAGGCAAUUUCAAUUCUUUGCAGCAUGGUUCAGUGAGUAGUGCAUUACAACAGGGAAGCACUGUGCCGAUGCAGGGAACAAUGAAUACACAACUGCAGACAAGUAGUAGCAUGUUAUCUCACAACUCAAUGAGUACGAUGCAACCUAACGGUAACUCCAUGCAAGCAAAUGCAAGUUCAUUUCUGCAGCUGAAGCAGCAACAGCAGGAUCAUCAAAUGAUGCAGAGUCAGCAAAUGAAGCGUCAGAUGUUUCAACAGUACCAGCAAAAGCAACAAAUGCUUCAACAGCAGCUCCCAGUACAGCAACACUUGCAGAAACAGCAGCCAGUACAGAUGCAGAUUCCACAGCUUCAUGCUGGAAAUGACGUUAACGAGGUAAAGGUUAGACAAGGAACUGCAAUGAAACCUGGUAUGUAUCAACAGCACUUGGGCCAACGCAGUAACUAUUAUCAUCAGCAGUUGAAACAGAGUGGUGCUUUCCCAAUUUCGUCACCACAAAACAACCUUCAAGCAUCAUCCCCACAAAUUUCUCACCAUUCUCCUCAGGUUGAUCAGCACAAUCCAUUGCCAUCUCAAGUCAAGACUGGGACACCCUUGCAUUCAGUUAACUCACCAUUUGUUCCAUCACCAUCCCCGUCUAUCGCCCCUUCUCCUAUAACAGUGGAUUCAGACAAACCACACUCCAAUAUAUCAUCACUUACUAAUACUGGGCAGGCUGGACAUCAGCAAACAUCCCUAGUGCCACAAACACAAUCGAUUGCUGUGAACACACCAGGGAUAUCAGCAUCGCCCUUGCUAGCAGAAUUUACAAGCGUGGAUGGAAGUCAGGCUAACAUGCCAACUCAAGCUCCAACCAAAUCAAGUGCAGUAGAAAGGCCUCUGGUUCGCUUACUUAAAGCAUUGCGAACAACACAGCGCGAGUCUCUUAAUGCUGCAGUUAGCGACAUUCGAUCUGUUGUCAGCAUGAUUGACAGGAUUGCUGGGUCAGCACCUGGUAAUGGCUCGAGAGCUGCUGUUGGUGAAGAUUUAGUUGCUAUGACAAAGUGCCGGUUACAAGCCAGGAAUUUUAUAACAAAUGAUGGAAGUGGUGCAUCGAAGAAAAUGAAGCGUGAUACAAGUGCCAUGCCUCUUAAUGUGUCAUCAGCUGGAAGUUUCAACGAUAGCUUCAAGCAAACAUUUAGUGUAGAUACCCCUGAUCUACAAUCAACUGCAACCUCACAGGCCAAGUGGCAAAAAAUUGAGGUAAAUCAUGCUCUCUUGGAGGAGAUCCAGGAGAUAAACCAACAGCUCAUAGACACGGAGCUCCAUGUAUGCGAGGACGAUGCCGAGUCAUUCGCUGGUACAUGUGAAGGAGCUGAAGGGACAGUCAUCAAAUGCACAUUUACUGCUGUGGCUGUUAGUCCGAGCUUGAAGUCCAUUUUUGCAUCUGCACAGAUGAGCCCAAUUAUGCCGUUGAGGUUGCUUGUUCCUGCUAGCUACCCUAAAUGCUCCCCGGUGCUCCUCGACAAGUUUCCGGAUGAACAAAGAAACUCGGAAGACCUGUCUAUGAAAGCAAAGUCAAAGUUUAGCAUAUUACUGCGGGGUCUAGCUGAGCCCAUGUCGCUGCGAGAAAUCGCAAGGACAUGGGAUGCUUGUGCACGCAAAACCAUUGCAGAGUAUGCUCAGAAGACUGGCGGAGGAAGUUUCAGUUCGAGUUAUGGUUGCUGGGAAAGUUGUGUAGGUGCUUGA